AACAAUGGCGGACUUACGAGUCAGCAUUCGCUUUUCAAAACAUUGACUCUCACCUGGUUUCUGUGUUCGUGACAUAAUGGUCAGAUGAUGUGAAUAUUGAGUCGUUGCAGUUGUUUCCGCUGCCUGUGUUGCGCAUUGGCCGACAUCAUGAGCGAUGUGGUGGAGAGAACCUUGACUGCUCUCCCGAGCCUGCUGUCUCUGGACUCCCAGACUGGAUCAGCCAAACUGUCCUCCACCUCCAAAUUGGGGAGUUUAAUCCGAGGAAUCACUGAGCUGACGUCCAAACAUGAAGAAGAGAAAUUGAUUCAACAGGAACUGUCAUCUCUCAAAGAUCAAGUAUCGUCACCCUAUACCUCUAUGAGGCAGAUGAAGGAGCUCAUGGUGAGAGCAAUCUAUUGUGAAAUGCUGGGUUAUGAAGCUUCCUUCUGCUACAUUCAUGCCAUCAAACUGGCUCAACAAGGCACUGGUUUGGAGAAAAGAGUUGGUUAUCUGUGUGUGUCAUUGUUCUUGAAUGAAAGUCAUGAGUUACUUCUUCUGCUUGUGAAUACAGUUUUAAAGGAUCUACAGAGCACGAAUCUUCUGGAGGUGUGCAUGGCUUUGACUGUUGUAAGCCAAAUGUUUCCCAAAGACAUGAUCCCUGCGAUUCUGCCGCUGGUUGAAGAAAAACUUACUCACCCAAAAGAAAUCAUUAGACGGAAAGCUGUGCUGGCUCUUUACAAAUUCUACCUAAUGGCACCCAAUCAAGUUCAACACAUCCACAACAAGUUUCGGAAAGCCUUGUGCGACAAGGAUCCUGGUGUGAUGACGGCAUCGCUGCACAUCUACCUUCAAAUGAUUACGGAGAAUCCAGAAGGUUAUAAAGACUUGGCAGCAAGUUUCGUCACGAUACUGAAGCAGGUAGUGGCUGGGAAACUUCCAAUGGACUACAACUAUCACAGUGUUCCUGCUCCUUGGCUUCAAAUCCAGCUACUUAGGAUACUGUCUCUACUUGGGAAACAUGACCAGAGCACCAGUGAGAUCAUGUAUGAUGUCCUGGAUGAGUCAUUAAGAAGAGCAGAGUUGAACCAUAAUAUCACAUAUGCAAUAUUAUAUGAGUGCGUGAAAUGCAUUUACACCAUCCAUCCCAAAUCCGAACUCUUGGAAAAGGCUGCGAAGUGCAUCGGGAAUUUUGUCCUCUCACCAAAGAUAAACCUCAAAUAUUUAGGUUUAAGGGCACUCACCUAUGUCGUCCAGCAGGAUCCGAAACUGGCCCUGCAGCAUCAGAUGACCAUCAUAGAGUGUCUGGAUCAUUCUGAUCUCAUCAUCAAGCGUGAGACUGUGGAGUUACUCUUCCGGAUCACGAAUGCCCAAAAUGUCACGGUUAUAGUGGAAAAGAUGAUUGAGUUUCUCCGUAUCAGUGAAGACGACUACACAACUACUAACCUGGUGGGGAAGGUUGCUGAGCUGGCAGAGAAAUAUGCACCAAACAACAAGUGGUUCAUCGACAUCAUGAACACAGUGUUUUCACUGGGUGGUGACACAAUGCAGCCUGAUAUUCCCAACAGCUUCCUUAAACUGAUGAGUGAGGGAUUUGACAACGAAGAGGAGAACAGGGAGUUGAGGGAGUUUGCUGUGGAUUCAUAUAUUAAUCUGCUACAGAGUGACUUCAAUAAACUGCCCCAGCGUUUCCUCCAGGUCAUCAGUUGGGUUCUUGGUGAAUAUUCCCAUCUAAAGGACGGUCUUGACUCUGCCACAGUCAUCUCACUUCUGGCAAAACUUUUGGACAUGAAACACAGCAGCAGUGAAACAAAGAGCUGGGUGCUGAUGUCCAUGACCAAGCUGUGCCAGGGCAGCGCAGGGGCUCCUCUGCUCCAGGGUUUUUUUGAAUCAUACUGCAGCUCCAUGGACACUGUGUUGAGGCAGCGUGCUGAAGAGCUCCAGCACCUCAGCCUUGAUACCGAACUGCGAGCCCAAGUGCUGACUAGGCAUGACGCGAUGCAACCUCUGGAGGUCGAUUCUUCACUCUCCUUUUUGGACGGAUUUGUGUCGGAGGCGUUGGCUGCUGGCGCAGCGCCUUACAAGCCUCCACAUCAACGGCAAGAGGAACUGGAGCAAAACAGAGCUUUGAGCCUGCAGCCCUACAUCAGUGUGUCUGGCUGCGCAGCAGCAGACAGACAGUCGCCCACACUGCUGUCGUUGAGCUCUGGUCUGUCAGGGGACAGCGUUGACCCCUCACACAAAGGAAGCUCCACCACUUUGAAACUAGAUGGAGUGAAAAGAUUAUGGGGGAGAGAGGGUUAUCUGGUCCAGAAGGGACCUGCGGAAGAGACAGCCCAGGUUGAAGUGCCCAGUCCAGUCCGGGCCCCGAGCCAACAGGCGGAAGCUGAAGCCACCAGUCAUCCAUCUGUAGAACAAGACAAGCUGCAACUGGCCUCCUCUCUCUUCCAGGGCCUGGGCUCACAAAGUUCUCUGUGUUUGAUGGAGAAGUCCGACCCAGCAGUUCAACGCUCCAGACGAAAAAACAAAUCCCACUCCUCCUUCGCUGAAGUUAAGGAAACAAUGUCAAACACUACACUCCCUGCUUCUGCUAGUGCUGAUAACUUGCUGUCUCACGAUCUCCUCAACUCCAACCACCAAUCACCCACAUUAGCUCAGACAUCUGAACUCCCUCAGGAGUCAAGGACCUCCAAUGGCACCUUAAGCACAGACGACACAGACAUCACAAGGGACGCCAUAACAGCAGCCUCUGACCCAAUUCAAAACAAAGAGCACAAUAGUGCCGGACACUUGAGUCUUUUAUCUCAACUUCCGGCUGACUGCACUGGAGAUCCUCGCUCUGACAUCACUCCUCUGUGCUCCAACCAAAGUCUGGAACUUUCUGCCUGUCAUGUACAGAAGGAGGACUUGUUAGUGUUUGUUGUUUUUGUCACCAACUUAUUGGACUCCAACAUUCAACACGUGCAGCUACAGUUUGACUCAGAUGAUCUGCAGGGGACUUGUCUGUCUGAGAAUCCCAUCGUUGAGGUGAGAAGACGCAGCGUUGAAGUGUGCCAGUAUUCACUCACAGUCACAAGACCUGCAGUUCACCUUCCAGUAGUCGGAUUAGUGUCCUUUCAAACACCCGAUGGCGCUCUUCAGACAAUGAACUUCUCCUAUCAACUUCCUCUCACCUGCUUCAUCAGACCCUUGCUGGUCUCCACUGAGGAGUAUGGGCAAAUGUGGCUGGACUUCUCUAAUGACACAAAACAAAACCUGACCCUGGUCAGUGAUCAGGAGCCACUCAGAGCCACGCUGGAUGUGCUGAAGGAGAAGCUUCACCUCCAUGUUGUGGAGAUCAUAGGGACAGAGGGAAUCGUGGCGUGCCGGGUGCUGAAUGAUAAGCCCUGUUUGCUGCACUGUCGAGUUCAUGCCGGCUCCCUGGCCGUGUGGCUGCGGUCACCAGUAUCAGACUUGCCCGACUGCCUGCUUUACCACUGUCAGAGGGCUGUGCAGGAGCAGUGACACCACUGAGCUGCAGACGCAAUAAAGCAACAGCACACAGAGAAGGAGGAAGAACAAGUAAUGGCUAUCUUAGCUUCCUUAUGUUUACAUUGUAUCCAUCCUAUUCACAAUAGGUCAUGUAUUACAUCGCCAGUGUCUGACAACCCAAGUCUUUAUAGAAUGCAGUAUUUAAAGUGAGUGUUCUCAUAUUCUCAGGCUUAACUACUCAACUGGUUUGUUUUCACAAUUGUACUGAUGUCGUAACACUCAUAAAAGGGCUCCAGAGAAAUUGAAAUGCUCACAACUAUUUGUUUUUGUGCUCAGCCUUAUUCUUAUUGAGGAUCUUGCAUGUUUUAACAAGUUUUCUUCCCUGUCACUUUGACAGCCUCCAUCUUCGUUUAAAAGUUUUUGGGUCAAAAUGAAACCUAACUGUCGCGUGUUCUAUCCAAAAGAGCCUGCCCAGACACGCGUCGGGCAGUUGGCCUUCAUUCAGGAUCAAACAUUGUCAGUCUAGCUGUUUUUUAAUGUCGACUUCACAUUAUUGAACAUAAAACUUUAUGCGACAAAAUAUCACAAAUAUGUGAAUCAAAUUUAAAAAUGUAUAGUCAUUGAAUAUACAAUUAUGAACUUUGUUAAAAUGUCACAAAUUACUAUUUUGAAGUACAAUUAAUAUUUUUUACAUUUUGAUUCUGCUGAAACUUCCUCAUGUGUGUUUGUGUGUCUGUGUGCGUCCAUGGCAACACGAACAUGCACUAUCAUUGCUAGUCGAUAGUAUUGGCUAUAUUUUUAUAUCAAUGCAAGCCUAUUUAUUCGUAUUUUCUUUUUCCUGAAGAUUUAUUUUCAAUGUCAUUGACAGGGAAAGGGAAAUGGAUUGUCUAAUGAUGCCAUGGCAUAAUUGUUUUUAAAAUGUUGCAUGUCUUUAUUUGAUGUAGAGCUGAAAACCUAAUGCCUUAUUUUUAUGCUGAGAUAUUGUGCCUGUGGUACAAAAACAAAAUCACUGUCUCUGCAAUGCGUUGAACUCAAUAAAUCUAAUAUUUGG